AUGGGCUGCGAGGCCCUCACCUACCAUGAGCGCAAGGCGCUGGGACACGGCACCGUCAUGGAGCGCCUGGGCAAGGAGUCCAUCGGCAACUUCUAUGACUGCCGGCUCACCCUGAUGCCUGCAGUGGACCCGGUGUGCACGCCCAAGGGCUUCCUGUUCAGCCGGGAGGCCAUCCUGGAGAACCUGCUGGAGCAGAAGAAGGCCAACAAGCGCAAGCUGGCGGCCUGGCAGGCGCAGCAGGCCGAGGACACGCGCAAGCAGGAGGACAAGGCCGCCAUCGACGCGGAGGCGGCGCUGCUGGCCUUUGACCGCCAGAACCACAUGGGCGCCAGCGAGCAGCUGACCAAGAAGCUGAAGCAGACGAUCAACGAGGAGGCUGAGGUGCUGCUGGCGGACAAGCGGAGGGCGAGCGGGGCGGUCAACAUCAAGACAAACGAGGAGCGCAUGAAGGGCAUGACGGGAGACACCGCGUUCUGGGUGCCCGGCAAGGUGGGCGAGUCCAAGGUUGUACUGGACAAGCCAGACAUGUCCACCCUCUGCCCCGCCACCGGCGACAAGCUGAAGCUGAAGGACCUGUUCAGCGUGCGGUUCACUCCUGUGCCGGAUGGCGGCCCUCACGAGUACAUGGACCCAGUCACAAAGGACAUCUUCAUCAACGCAUCCCGCCUGGUGGUGCUGAAGCCCACGGGCGACGUGGUGCUCAAGGAGACGUGGGAGAGGUGCAUCAAGGGCGACGGCAGCUACGGCGGGGUGCCUGUGGGGGAGGACGAUGUGCUGGAGCUGCAGCGCGGCGGCACCGGCUUUGCGGCGCACGACAAGGAGCUGCAGGCCAAGAAGCGGUUCCUGCUUGGGCCCGGCAGCGGCCUGGCAGACCUGCGCGGGCAGCACCAGGGGCCCACCAGCAAGUUUGGGCUGCGGUUCAACAAUUGA